CUUGCCUUUUAUUGUUAUUUUUGCUGCCUAAGUCCAAUCGUUACACAUUGGUUUCAUUCUUUUUCAUUGUCAAAUUUACAAUAUUAUUUUUCCCUGCUUAAAUCUGAGCUUACUCCAAAUUUCUCUAUAGGCACCUUACAUUGGGCAUCAAAUUUGAUGGCUUUCAAGGAAAAUCUGCUAGGCUGUGUGAAAGCUUUCAAUAAAUUAAGUCAAAUGGAUUUCAUUUCCUCCUCCUCCUUCUUACUUCACGCUAUGGGUGCACUCGUGUCUAAAUGGCCUUACUAAGCUUUUGCUACUUGAGAUGUAAUAAGCAUUCAGAAGCUGUACAGAUCCCCAUGAAGAGCACAGCAGUCUGCAUGCACUUGAAGAGUCUUGCAGAUCAGUUUUGUAAUGCCAUUGGAGUAUUGCAACAGUGUGGUCCAGCUUCAUGUAAUAACAUUCAAUCAGCAAUUAACAAGGACCAGCCAGCCAACCCCACAGAAGAAUAUGCUCAGCUUUUUGCUGCACUGAUUGCCCGGACAGCAAAAGACAUUGAUGUUUUGAUAGAUUCCUUACCCAGCGAAGAAUCCACAGCCGCAUUACAGGCUGCUAGCUUGUAUAAGCUGGAGGAAGAGAACCACGAAGCUGCUACCUGUCUGGAAGAUGUUGUUUAUAGAGGAGACUUGCUUCUGGAAAAGAUCCAGAGUGCACUGGCUGACAUUGCUCAGUCCCAGCUGAAGACAAGAAGUGGGGCCCACACCCAGCCUUUCCCAACUACUAGCACUGUCACACCCUGGCAUGAGAAAAGGACCGGUCCAUGCCGUUAGAAUUCCACAGCAGAUAUACCAACAUGGCAACAUCAACCUCUCACACAUGCUGCCUUUCAGCUGUUUUUAAUUCUCUCUUCAUUAUUGAUACAUAAGUUUAUAACAUCCUGAUGGAAUCUGCUUUAAGUGAUCUUUGUCAUCAUUUUGGUUUUUUCCCCUCUGGAUGAAGAUAUAAGACAGGUAUACAAUUGUGUUCAUAAUAGAGUUAAGCAUAUAAUAAAGUUGUGCUGUGGUUUUUUUCAUUUUA